AUGAGCCAAAGAAACCUGUGUACCGCCAGGUUGCCUAGGAAGUGGGUUUCAGUUCUGCUGCUGCUACAGCUGAGUUGUCACUUCAGCCCUGGGAGCUGUGGGAAGUUGCUGGUGUGGCCCACAGAAUACAGCCAUUGGAUCAACAUGAGGACAAUCCUGGAUGCACUUGUCCAGAGAGGUCACGAAGUGACUGUUCUGACAUCUUCAGCCUCAAUUCUUGUUGAUCCCAAUAAACCAACUGCUAUUCAAUUUGAGAUUUUUCCUACAUCUUUAACAAAAGAUGAUUUUGAGGGUCUUUUCAUCCAGAUGAUCUCUAAGUGGACAUAUAUGCCAAAAGAUACAUUUUGGGCUUAUUUUUCACUAAUGCAAGAUCUCAGUCUUAAAUAUACUGAUGUUAUUCACACACUCUGUAAAGAUGUAGUUUUGAACAAGAAACUUAUGACCAAACUACAGGAAUCAAGGUUUGACAUCAUUCUUGCAGAUGCCAUUGGACCCUGUGGUGAGCUGCUGGCUGAGCUACUUAAAAUACCUUUUGUGUACAGUCUCCGCUUCUCUCCGGGCUAUACCAUUGAAAAGUACAGUGGAGGACUCCCAUUCCCUCCAUUCUACGUACCUGAUAUCUUGUCAGAAUUAAGUGAUCAUAUGACAUUCAUGGAGCGAGUAAAAAAUAUGAUUUACGUACUUUAUUUUGACUUCUGGUUCCAAACAUUUAGUGAGAAUUGGGAUCAGCUUUACAGCGAAUCACAUAAUGGUGAUUACCAUGGACUGGUGAAAGGGAGAUUAGUGGGCCAGGCCGAGGGACCCAGACAGCCGGAGGGAUCCCGGCUCACUGCAGACACGCUUCAAGCCAAAGACCUGCCUCAGGAAAUAGAAGAGUUUGCCCAGAGCUCUGGAGAAAAUGGUAUUGUGGUGUUUUCCCUGGGGUCGAUGGUCACUAACAUGACAGAAGAAAGAGCCAAUGUGAUUGCAUCAGCCCUUGCCCAGGUUCCACAAAAGGUUAUAUGGAGAUAUGAUGGCAAAAAACCAGAUACCUUAGGGCCAAAUACUCGGCUCUAUAAAUGGAUCCCCCAGAAUGACCUUCUUGGCCAUCCAAAAACCAAAGCCUUUAUAACUCAUGGUGGAACCAAUGGCAUCUAUGAGGCGAUCUACCAUGGGAUCCCUAUGGUGGGUCUUCCUGUGUUUGCGGAUCAACCUGAUAACAUUGCUCACAUGAAGAGCAAGGGAGCAGCUGUCAGAUUGGACUUGAACACCAUGUCUACUGCAGAUUUGCUCAAUGCAUUGAAGACUGUCAUUAAUGACCCUUCAUAUAAGGAGAAUGCUAUGAAAUUAUCAAGAAUUCAACAUGACCAGCCAGUAAAGCCUCUGGAUCGAACAGUCUUCUGGAUCGAGUUUGUCAUGCGCCACAAAGGAGCCAAACAUCUUCGGCCAGCCGCCCAUGACCUCAGCUGGUUCCAGUACCACUCUUUGGAUGUGAUAGGGUUCCUGCUGGCCUGUGUGGCAACUGCUACAUUUGUCAUCACAAAAUGUGUUCUGUUUUGUUGCCGGAAGCUUUUUAAAACAGGAAAGAAGAAUAAAAGAGAGUAGUUGUUUCAGAGGCCUGAAGCUCAUAUGCCUGGUAGAUAGGACU